AUGCGAUUGCUAUUCUCAUUGACCUUGGCUGCCCUGUUGUGUAUUGUCACUGUCAACGCUGCUGAUGCAGGUGACCAGGCUUUGUUCGAAAAGCGUCAAGCCUCUAAGCCCAAGCAGGCACAGAUCGUAGAGACUGCUAAAUCUGACCCUGUUGCUGCAGCGAAGAUGGUCUUGCAAAUUAAAGAUAUUGAUAAGACUGACGAUGGCACGUGGAACAAGUACGCGAACAUCAGUGGCAAUGCUGACGCCAAGCAAGUGCCAUGGGCGAAGGGCGUUGAAUUUCAGCAGAGUCCCAGUGCAAACCUGGUUGAUGGCGAGUCCUUCAGCAACGUUCCCAAGGACUUCUAUAUGUUUGAGCGCAAAGAAUGGGAAGUGAAAGACAAGCAUGGUCGUAACGGAACACAGCCAUAUUACAUCAACAAAGGUCUCAACGCGGGUAAGGUCAAGCGAGCUGUGCUUGUCGUCCCCGGUUAUUACCGCGACUCUUGGAACUAUAUCAACAUGUUUGGCAAUGCGUACAACAUUGCGAAGGACAAGCAUGGUGUUGAGGAUGGUACUGUGCUGAUUGCGUCACUGAUGGUGUUGAAUCAAAAGGAUAAGGAGACGGGUGCGGUGAAGGAUGACUGGCUGUAUUACAAGGAUGGAGGCUGGAGCGUUGCUGGAAUGACGCAUGGUCCGGGUGAUCUGUCCAUUAGCUCUUUCAAGUUGAUGGAUAUGUUCAUCAGCAAGAUUCUUGGAGAGUAUCCCGGUAUUGAGACAGUAGUAGUGGCUGGCCAUUCGCUUGGUGCGCAGGCCGUGAUGCGCUAUGCUGCUAUCAAGGGCAGCAGCCAUGACGACAAGCUCAAGUUCUGGAUCGGAAACCCUGGUACCUACGUUUAUCUGAACAGCAAGCGUCCUCUGUCUACGGACGACUGUGCUUCUUAUGACGACUUCCCCAAUGGCAUUGACAAGACUGAUACGCUACCAGCCUAUGCAGGUGGCAAGAGUGCGGAUCAGAUUCGCAGUGCAUAUUUGGCACGCAGUGUGACGUACGCACUUGGACUGGAUGACAACGGUGUAUCGUCGUAUGCAUGUGACUCUAUGGCCCAGGGGCAUAACCGUUUGGAGCGGUCCGCGUACUAUAUUGAACAUUUGGAGUCUGUGAAUGGUGGAUCUUUCCCUUCGUCACACCACGCUGACUACUUGGAGGGCCUUUCACACCAAGAUUAUCCAACAAUUGCGGCGGAUGUUAGUAUCAACCGUAUUUUCAUUGAGUAG